AUGAGGCUGAGACGCCUUUGUGAAAAGAAGCAGAAGUCAGGCAAGUGCCAUGUGGAUGCUUCCACAGCUGAUCAGUAUCACCGUGGCGGGGAAGAACGUGAGUGGCUGGAGAUAGCGUUGAUUGAAGCGAUCUGCAAGGUUGGCACCGUUUCCAAGAGCCACAAGAAGCUCCGAGCUGAAUUCCGAGCCAGGGUUGUCAUGGUCCGAGAGAGAAUGGACUCCAAAGAGCAGGAAGUUUUGGGUCAGUGGUUCACGGAAGAACGAAUGGAGAAGAGUGGCGACUUCUCGAAGGACACAAUCCGAACCAUAAUCAACUAUUGCGAGCGAUUCCCUGCUGCCCUCGUUCGUGCCUGGAAGUAUGACUCCAGUGUCAAAGAGUACUUUGUGGAGACUUCCACCAAGCAAACCAUUCGCCAAUCGGAGAUACUGCGGAGGCAAGAGGUUCAUGAAGGUGACGUGCCAUGGCUGCAAGCCAGGCAGCAUAGUCAAGUUACAGGGUAG